AUGGAUGAAUAUGAAUUAAAAGAAGUUGCUUUAUCAGAGGGUGGUAAUAAUUUAAAUAUUAAUACACCACCUAAUGAUUCAAGCAGCUCAUCAUCAUCCCCACCCGGCUCGCCAAAUAUAGAACAAAGUGAAUUUAGAUUUAGACAAGUAGCUGACGAAUUAGAAAAUGAUUCAAAAAAAUAUUUUACAAGUCAAGAUGCUGAGGCCAAUAUAGGUAAAGAAGAAUCAGAAGAAGAUUUUAAAUUAAGAAACUAUUUCGAAAAUUCUCAGCGUAUGGCUUUAGAAAAUGGCGGUAAACCAAAGAAAAUGGGUAUAUCAGUUCGUAAUUUAACCGUUGUUGGUCGUGGUGCUGAUGUCUCUGUUAUUUCUGAUAUGUCAUCCCCAUUUGUAUGGUUUAUAGACUUAUUUAACCCUAAAAAAUGGUCAAAGGAAUCAACAUUAGGCUCUACAUUUGAUAUUUUACAUGAUGUCACCACUUUUUGUAAAGAUGGUCAAAUGCUUUUAGUAUUGGGUAGACCUGGCGCCGGUUGUUCUACAUUUUUACGUUUGGUUUCAAAUCAAAGAGGGUCCUAUGUCGAUAUUAAAGGUGAUAUUACAUACGGAGGUAUUCAAUCUAAAGAAUGGAAGCGUUAUAAAGGUGAAGCAAUUUAUACACCAGAAGAAGAUACCCAUCAUCCAACACUCACUGUUCGUGAAACUUUAGAUUUUGCAUUAAAAUGUAAAACUGUUCAUAAUCGUUUACCAGAUGAAAAAAAGAGAACUUUCCGUCAAAGAAUUUUCGAUUUAUUAUUAAAUAUGUUUGGUAUUGUACAUCAAGCUGAUACAAUUGUUGGUAACGAAUUUAUAAGAGGUUUAUCAGGUGGUGAAAGAAAACGUUUAACAAUUACCGAAGCUAUGGUUUCUGCUGCAUCAAUUACCUGCUACGAUUGUUCAACAAGAGGUUUAGAUGCUGCCUCUGCUUUAGAUUAUGCUAAAUCAAUUCGUAUUAUGUCGGAUACUUUACAUAAAACAACUAUUGCAUCAUUUUAUCAAGCAUCAGAUUCAAUUUAUAAUUUGUUCGAUAAUGUAAUGAUUUUAGAAAAAGGUAGAUGUAUUUACUUUGGUCCAAUUAAUAAAGCUAAACAAUACUUUUUAGAUUUAGGCUUUGAUUGUGAACCUAGAAAAUCAACACCAGACUUUUUAACUGGUGUAACCAAUCCACAAGAACGUAUUAUUAGACAAGGCUUCGAAGGUCGUGUUCCAGAAACCUCAGCCGAAUUCGAAACUGUAUGGAGAAACUCCGAAAUCUAUAGAGAUAUGCUCCGUGAACAAGAAGAAUAUGAAAAGAAGAUUGAAAUUGAACAACCAAAAAUCGAUUUCAUUCAAGAAGUUAAACAAGAAAAGAGUAGAACUACUUCAAAGAAGAAUGUUUAUACCACCAGUUAUUUCACUCAAGUUAGAGCUCUUACCAUUCGUAAUUCUCAAAUUAUUUGGGGUGAUAAGUUCUCUUUAGUAUCACGUUAUCUCUCUGUUAUCAUUCAAUCGUUUGUCUAUGGUUCAAUCUUUUUCCAACUUGAUAAAACAAUUGAAGGUUUAUUUACUCGUGGUGGUGCAAUUUUCUCUGCCAUUCUUUUCAAUGCUUUCCUUUCAGAAGGUGAGCUCCCAAUGACUUUUUAUGGCCGUAGAAUUUUACAAAAACAAAACUCAUAUGCAAUGUAUCGUCCAUCCGCUCUACAUAUUGCUCAAAUUGUAACUGAUUUACCUUUAACGUUUGUGCAGGUUUUCCUUUUUUCCAUCGUAGUAUAUUGGAUGUAUGGUCUAAAGGCUGAUGCAGGUGCUUUCUUUAUAUUCUGUUUCACUUUAGUUGGUACCACUCUCGCAAUCACAAAUAUGUUCCGUGUCUUUGGUAACUUUUCUCCAAGUAUGUAUAUCUCUCAAAAUGUAAUGAAUGUAAUUUUAAUUUUCAUGAUUACAUAUUGCGGUUAUACAAUCCCAUACGAUAAAAUGCACCCAUGGUUCCAGUGGUUUUAUUGGUGUAAUCCGUUCUCAUACUCAUUCAAAGCUCUUAUGGCAAAUGAAUUCAUGGAUCAAACAUUUUCUUGUACUCAACUUGGUGUACCAUUCGACCCAACUCUUCCCGAAGCCGAUAGAGCCUGUCCAGUUGCAGGUGCUAGAAAAGGACACUUAGAUGUUACUGGUGAAGAUUAUUUAGACAAAGCUUUACAAUUCAAAACUGAUGAUCGUACUUUAAAUAUUUUUGUUGUCUAUCUUUUCUGGGUACUCUUUAUUGCCUUAAAUAUGUUUGCAAUGGAAUUUUUCGAUUGGACAUCUGGUGGUUACACACACAAGGUUUAUAAGAAGGGUAAAGCACCAAAGAUGAAUGAUUCCGAAGAAGAAAGAAAACAAAAUGAAAUUGUUGCUAAAGCUACAGACAAUAUGAAAAAUACCCUCAAGAUGAGAGGUGGUAUCUUUACAUGGCAAAAUAUUAACUAUACUGUUCCAGUUCCAGGUGGUCAAAGACUCCUUUUAGACAAUGUAGAAGGAUGGAUUAAACCAGGUCAAAUGACUGCUCUUAUGGGUUCUUCAGGUGCUGGCAAAACCACUUUACUCGAUGUAUUGGCUAAAAGAAAAACAAUUGGUGAAGUUAAAGGCAAAUGUUUCCUCAAUGGCAAACCAUUAGAAAUUGAUUUCGAACGUAUUACUGGUUAUGUUGAACAAAUGGAUGUCCACAAUCCUGGUCUAACUGUCCGUGAGGCUCUUAGAUUCUCUGCUAAACUUCGUCAAGAGCCAGAAGUAUCAUUAGAAGAAAAAUUCGAAUAUGUUGAACAUGUCCUCGAAAUGAUGGAAAUGAAACAUUUGGGUGAUGCUUUAAUUGGUACUUUAGAAACUGGUGUUGGUAUUUCAGUUGAAGAAAGAAAACGUUUAACCAUUGGUGUCGAAUUGGUCGCUAAACCACAUAUUCUCUUUUUAGAUGAACCAACCUCUGGUUUAGAUGCCCAAUCAUCAUAUAACAUUGUUAAAUUUAUUCGUAAACUUGCAGAUGCUGGUAUGCCAUUGGUAUGUACUAUUCAUCAACCAUCAAGUGUAUUGUUUGAACAUUUCGAUCGUAUUUUACUCUUAGCUAAAGGUGGUAAAACUGUUUAUUUUGGCGAUAUUGGCGAAAGAUCAAAGACUUUAACAGGUUACUUUGAAAGUCAUGGUGUUAGACCAUGCACAGAAAGUGAAAAUCCAGCAGAAUAUAUCCUUGAAGGUAUUGGUGCUGGUGUCCAUGGUAAAUCAGACGUUAAUUGGCCCGAAGUUUGGAACAAUUCUGAAGAACGUCAAGAAAUUGAAAGAGAAUUAGCUGCACUUGAAGCUGCUGGCCCAACUAGUCAAGAUGAUCAUGGUAAACCAAGAGAAUUUGCCACAUCUGUUUGGUAUCAAACUUGGGAGGUUUAUAAACGUCUCAAUUUAAUUUGGUGGAGAGAUCCUUUCUAUACCUAUGGCUCUUUUGUUCAAUCUGCUUUGGCUGGUUUAAUUAUUGGCUUUACUUUUUGGUCAUUAAAAGAUAGUUCAAGUGAUAUGAAUCAACGUGUGUUCUUUAUUUUCGAAGCUCUUAUUUUAGGUAUUCUCUUAAUUUUCGUUGUAUUACCCCAAUUUAUUAUGCAAAAAGAAUACUUUAAACGUGAUUUCGCGUCCAAGUUUUAUUCCUGGUUCCCAUUUGCCAUUAGCAUUGUUGUUGUAGAAUUACCAUUUAUCACUGUUUCUGGUACUAUUUUCUUCUUUUGUAGUUUCUGGACUGCUGGUUUACAAGAAACAAACGAUACCAACUUCUAUUUCUGGUUUAUAUUCAUACUGUUCUUAUAUUUCUGUGUUUCCUUUGGUCAAGCAAUUGCUGCUAUCUGUUUCAACAUGUUUUUAGCCCACACUAUUAUUCCACUUAUGAUUGUUUUCCUCUUCCUUUUCUGUGGUGUCAUGGUUCCACCGGAAAAAAUUCCAUAUUUCUGGAGAUCCUGGGUAUACAAAAUUAAUCCAUGUCGUUACUUUAUGGAAGGUAUUGUAACAGAUGUCUUGGUUUAUACUAAAGUUGAAUGUUCAAUGGAAGAUCUUACCAUUUUCCCCGAUUACAAAGGAAAUCAAAACUGUUCAGAUUAUGCUCUUGGCCCAACUGGUUAUGGUACAUAUGUUGGAAAUGGUGAAUGUGGUUAUUGUCAAUAUAAAAAUGGUCCAGAAUACUAUGAAUCUCUAGGUUGGAGCUUUAGUAAUCGUUGGAGAAAUUUAGGUUUUAUCAUUGCAUACUGGAUGUUUAAUACCUUUAUGGUUAUCAUUUUCGUUUAUUUAACAAGAAAACCAAGAAGAUAA